UAUCGGGUGAUUAGAAGUGGGCGGAGCUAGAUGAGUGGCGUUUUCUCAGGUUUGGUCACAAGACAAGAGCAACAGCUUUCAUUGAAAAAAAAAACACUAAAACUCCUGUUUUAGGUGUUUUCUUUUUGUGGUGACCAGUUGAGAUGGGCUUCACACAAACACAGUGGCUGGGACUUGUGCUUCUCUUCUCCUGUGGAAACCUUUGUGUCGCCUUCAACCGUUGGACCAAUGAGACCGAGAGUGGAACAGAGCAGGUGACCGUGAGCGUGCAGUCCAACCAGACAGAACCAAUCCAGAAGUUUCCUGUCCGGUACCGGCUCAGGAGCUACCAGCUCAGGAGAAAUCCAAAGCCUUCUGUGAUCCCUCAGGCAUCAGAGGUCAGAGAGCCACAGCAGGAGGUGAAAGGAAGUGUGGUGAAGGCACUGAUACCAGGACCAGAUCUGAAUCCACCUGUUAAGCAGGAACCAAAAGUGCUGCUAAAGUUUGAGCCGUGGACACGCGUUCAAGCUGACAGCGUGGCAGUCCGCUGCGGUGAAAGCAAGGUCACUGUGGAGGUCAAACACAACUUUCUAGGAAACAGUCAGUCGAUCCAGGAGAGUGACCUGACCUUAGGAGGCUGCGCCACUUCACACUCAGAUCAACACGUCCUGCAGUUUCAGACAGAGCUGCAUGACUGCGGCAGCAAAAUCAAGGUGACCAAUGAUGCCCUCAUCUACUCCUUCAACCUGUCGUACGUUCCUACACCCAUUGGCACCACCUUCAUCGUAAAGACCAACACUGCAGAGGUGUUGAUUGAGUGCCACUAUCAGAGGCGACAGUCCGUGAGCAGCAGUGGUGUCAGACCCUCCUGGAUUCAGUUCAACUCUGACCUGUUGGUGGAGCACAGACUUGGCUUCUACAUGCAUCUGAUGACAGAGGACUGGCAGAGGCAGAGACCGUCCAGCGUUUAUUUCCUCAGCAACGUGAUGCACAUCGAAGUGGGCGUCCUACAGGGUCACCACGUCCCGCUCAGGGUCUUCGUGGACAGCUGUGCGGUCACUGCCCAUCCCGAUCCCAGCUCCCAUCCCAGAUACGACGUCAUCAACAACCACGGGUGUUUUAUUGACGCUAAGCUGACAGGAGCCAAGUCAUUCCACACAGACCACAGUGACUCACUCUACAUCACAUGUCACCUGAAGGCUACCACUGUGUCUCGUCCAAUUGACUCGCAGCACAAGGCCUGUUCCUUCCUCAAUGAGGCUAACAGAUGGGUGGCCUCAGGUGGAGACAAUAAGGUGUGUGGCUGCUGUGAAAGCAGCUGCCGGGAGCAGAGACAGAAGAGGAGCCUGGCAGCAGACGCCGGUCUUCCUGCAGAGGUGCAGUGGGAGGAGACACUGGUCCUCGGGCCCAUCCUGCUGGAGGAGUUGACUGAGGUGACGGCGUUUUCUCCAGAGCAGCUGUCCCUGCUUCGGAUGCAAGAGGAGGAGACAGCUUCUGAUUCGUCUUUAGUUCUGUGGUGUGCAGCAGGUUCAGCUGUGGCUGUGAUGUUGCUGCUCAUCAUUGGGUUCAUCAUUAGCAACAGACAAGACAAGUCCACUGAGUACACAGUCACUACAUGAAAUAAAGAGAAAAUUAUAUUUAAAACCCUGUCUUUG